GGGUUUCAUCGUUAUUCUCUGAUACGUCGUAUCGUUGCUUUGCGCUCCGUUUCAAUUGAAAGUUAGGUCGAAACUCAGUCUGUUCGCCAGUCUGUUCGGCUUAAACAUCCUGUAUGAGGAACGAUACUUAAUCAUAGACGUAAACGGAAACGAUGUGGACUAUCAUAUGGUUCCAAAUCGUUCUUCUCGUCUUCAUCACACUUUUUGCUGGGAACCAAGCCGAGGAUGAAACGAGUUUGGUACUUCCGGAUAUCUUACCCAAGGAUACCAAAACUUAUGAUAAAAAUCGACCUCCGAAAUAUUCCGGACAGCCAACCGUCGUGUAUUUUCACGUAACAGUCCUCUCAAUAGACACCAUCAAUGAAGAAUCAAUGACAUACGUCGCAGAUAUUUUUCUGGCACAAAGUUGGAGGGAUCAUCGCUUACGUUUACCGGAAAACAUGACAUCAGAAUACCGCAUUCUUGAUGUCGGUUGGCUCCAUAACAUCUGGCGUCCAGAUGUUUUUUUCAAAAACGCCAAACAAGUUACCUUUCACGAGAUGAGUGUCCCAAAUCACUAUCUGUGGCUUUACCACGAUAAAACGUUGAUCUACAUGGCAAAGUUGACCUUGGUAUUGUCUUGCGCCAUGAAGUUUGAAUCCUAUCCGCAUGAUACACAAAUCUGUUCCAUGCAAAUCGAGAGCCUUUCUCAUACGACGUUCGAUUUGGUGUUCAAAUGGAACUUAACUGAUCCACUGGUGACAAAUCCAGAUAUCGAGCUCCCUCAAUUAGAUAUUGCAAAAAAUUUUACAGAAGACUGUACGUUGGAAUAUUCAACUGGAAAUUUUACUUGCUUGGCCGUGGUAUUCAAUCUGCGACGUCGACUGGGCUAUCACUUAUUUCACACGUACAUCCCGUCAGGGUUAAUCGUAGUCAUGUCCUGGAUUUCAUUCUGGAUCAAACCGGAAGCAAUUCCGGCUAGGGUUACCUUAGGAGUUACAUCGUUACUCACGCUCGCUACUCAAAGUACACAGUCACAAAGGUCUCUGCCCCCCGUUUCUUAUGUUAAAGCUAUCGACGUCUGGAUGUCAUCGUGCACUCUCUUCGUGUUUAUGUCUCUCAUGCAGUUUGCCGUGUGCAACCACUUCAUGGGAACUGGGACUCCGGCAAAGCCCAAAGUCUUAUCUGACGAAGAACUUCAUUCCAGUGCUCUUGAUUUGCCAGGGCACAACAACGGCCUAUUACGUUUCCGGGCGAAAUCGCCUAAUACGGCAGAUCGGAGAACAACUCCUAAAUACGUCACUUCUUGCUACGGUCGUGAGGUGGCUCUAGUUAUAGACAAAUGGUCUCGAUUCUUUUUUCCGUUCGCCUACCUUAUCUUCAACACUUUCUAUUGGAUCACUUACCUGGAAGACGUUAACAUCAACUUGUGAAACAAACUUGUGAAACAAUUUGAAGACAUACCGAUCAUUUCUGUAGCUCUCUGCUUUGUACAUUUUCUCAUAUGACCAUCAAUUUCUGACUUGUUGGCUUUCCUUUAUUAUUAUUAUUAUUAUUAUUUUCCUGUCCUUUUUUUUCAUAAUAAGACCAAUCGAAACUAUU